AUGGGGUGUUGGGCGGCAAAUUUGGUUGCAGAACGGCGGCUUGCGGGGCUGCCCAGCCGGUUUGAAGGGGAUGGACAACAGGUUUGGAGCUGGAAGGAUUUGCCUUAUAUUUUUGACUUAGAGUGGUCAGUUAACUCCAGACUACAGGAUUUAGUACAACAAUUCAAGGAGAAAUUGCAACUGUUCUGGUCUACUUUGGAGAAAAUUGACAAGUCCCUUUAUGUUGUUAGUCCAAAAUUGCCAUCUCUUGCUUCAACUUAUCGCCAAAUUGGCCUUGGAAACGACUGCUACCUGCUAUUGCAUAUAGAUCCUCGCAAUCCAACAUAUUUACCUUGGUAUCGAUUAUUGGGUCCUGACUCUGCUACAGAAACAAUUAGCAAAAAAUGGAAAAGAAAUGGCAGAAAAUGGUCAAAUGAGAGAUCUUUUAUGGAAAAUCUAGCUAUUGUUUUGGAGAAUAACUUACUUGGGCCUCCUAAAGAGUGCAAGAAAGGAGAGGAGCAAAUUGAUUGUGGGAUCUGCUAUGCUCACUAUCUACCUCAUGAUGACGAACUUGGGGGUAAUAGUGGAAAUUCACCAGAUUACAAAUGUGAUAAUUGUUGCUGCAGUCGGGUUUUUCAUACAGUUUGCUUGAGAGAUUGGCUUCGUUCAAUCACAACCACAAGACAGUCCUUUGAUGUCUUAUUUGGGAACUGCCCCUACUGCUCUGAUCCGGUUGCUGUUAAAAGUAGUGGUUCUUAAUUAGCUGCAAGUUUACAUUUUCAUUGUGUAAAUCAUUGUUUUCCUAACUCAAUUUUAGCUUCUUUGCUUCCGUUGGAUUCUAUAUUUCAGGUUUUUUUUUAUUAUUUUUAUUUUUUUCACGUCAACGCUAGUUUUAUAUUGUUAAAGCAAGGUGAACUUUUCCUUUCGUUUAUAUUGCUCUUAUUUUAUCUGAAAUUAGAAGUUCUGAUGACUUUGUAUGGGGGUAUAUUAUAGGCUACGUUCUUUGUGGUUUAUAUUUCAGAUGGAUCUAUUUGUCAGCAAAAGAGUCAAUACUUUGACGCUAGUUCAAGCUGAUUUUCAAGAUGAGUUUAGAUUUAUCAUUUCCAUUCUUAUCCAUUUAAUGAGAUCACUCAGCAUUUUGGUUCUGCUACAAUUUUAUUGUUAUUUUUAAAAUU